AUGCUUGAUUUCCAAAUAAUUAAACUCAUGGAAUACAGGAAUCAAACAUCUUUGUAUAAACUUAUAAUACACUAUAUUGAGCUGGAUAAUAAUAAACAAAAUCCUAUACUAUACAUAAUGGUGAACAUCCUAGUUGGUCCCGAUAUCUAUGAAGGCUUGCGCAAACAUUACACGGUUGUCAACAGCGGACCCAAAGAUCACAUCAAUGCCAAUUUCAUUAAUCAUGGAGCACCAGGCUUGAUGUUUGAUAAAGCCCUGCUCACAAACAUCAAUAUUUAUGUGACCACUUCUGACAACCCUAAUGAGUUUAGCUAUCCCAAAAACUACAACAAUCUUCGUCACACUUAUCUAGGCGACUAUUACAGCGGUGCCUUCUUGGAGGUGAUUGAAAAACAGGAUUUGACCAAGGAGACUAUUGCACAGUCUUACAAAUAUACCUUAAUGCCUACAAAGCACCCAACACUGGCCUUAAUGAUGCUGUUAGCAGCCGAGAUGUCCCAAUUGCUCUUGUUCAAAAACUUGUUGAGUCAACAGACGAUCUUGAUCAGAAACAACUAUAUGUGGCUGAAUUGCAGCGACUAUUGA